GCUAGAAUUAUUGUAGGCAUUUAUUCAUUUUAUGGUUCGGCCGUGUGUAUAAAUAAAUGACGAUUGAGAUGAUAUUUCACAACCCAUAAUUAAUCCCCGCUCAUCUAUAUUUAGCUAGCAUUGUAAUGUAAUACAUACUACUAAAUAUAAUCAUGUCGUUUAUUCCAAGCUUUUUCGUGUUACAAACCACCCCUACGAGUCAAUAUCUGAGCUCAGGUGCAUCAGGCAACCUGCAUUGGAAUGGUGGUUUUUCGACUCCAGGUUCAAUGUUUGCUGCAGAGCCGUCACAACGAGUUAGCGGGGCAGUGCACUUAAGAUCCAACUUCAACAACCGAUAUUGGUUGCCACAUCAAGUCGGCAAUCGGGUGGUGAUUAGUGCAACCGCAGUUGAAGCCGUGGACAACACAAAUGAUGCCCGAUGCACCCUUUUCGCUUUUGUGCGCCAUGUUACGGGGUGGGAUAGUAGAGUUACAUACUCAUUCAGGGUACUCAACACCCGAUAUAGUGCACCGGUAUUUGCAGACCCGGGAGGUGUGACAAUUUCCUGGCAAGCAACUUUUUUCCAUUUGGUUGAUUGGGAAACGCUGGCGUUGCUUCCUUCUCAAAUCUCGUUGGUAUCCGUGGAUCGAAGAGACCACUGGGCUACCGCCUGGAUGUUGAGAAGAGUUAACUACCUUUGGUUCGAUACGGGGAGGGAUAUUGGAGACCUACGUGUCGCGUUAGAAGUCAGGCCUACUCUUGAAGCAUCAACCUAUCGUAUACUUAGCCUACAUUUUGGCAGGUUUCUGCGGAAUAAUGACUGGAUAGUGGUUGAUGCGGACAAUAACAACACCACCCCGGCCACCGUAUUCGGUGUUCUGAGUCUAGGCGGUGGGGAGUUCACUAUUCGCAGUUUGUCCAACAACCGUUUCUGCACUCCAAACGGGAACACCCCUUAUUUAAGAGCUAAUAGUCUAACAAUGACAAAUCAAACACGGUUCAGAAUUUUAGAGCGCGUCCUGGAAAGGACUAUCUCAGACAUCGAUUACCGGUUACAAGACGCAAGGAUUCAUCAGGUGCAGAACUUAGAGGUUACAACCGCUUUCGCAACAAAUAACACCAACACACCAGACCAAAUGGCUGUCACCUUUACGAUCGAAGACUCUCGCACCACUACUUUUAGGAGUACUCAUUCGGUAACCCUUAGCGUAACGACAACGUUGAACGUCACCAUUAUUCCGGUUAUUCUCACGGGGACAAUCGAAACAAGAGCUGAAUAUAACUUCACGCAAGAAUGGGAGGAGACAAGAACAAGAACCACUACGAGAUCACUGGAAUACAGAGUGAUGGUGCCGCCAUUCAGCAGACGAAGGGUGACACUCGUCUGUAGGGAGGCUUCUUGUGAUGUGCCUUACAACUACACGCAACAUGACCUUCUUCCCGACGGUAGACGGAUUAGUAUUCGCAAAGACGAUGGGGUUUUUCAUGGUGUCAACACCUUCGACUUUGACGUUGAAUCCUCAGAAGGCUUUGAAGAUGCCCUCGGGAGAAUGUAUGUGUAACAUACAGGUCCCGGCCCGCGCUCUUGUUUGUCAUGGAUCGAUUAUAUAUAUAGUGAAAAGUCAUUUUGAGAAA